GAUCUUCCUGACCCAGGAAUCGAACACCCAUCUGUAUGUCUCCUGCAUUGGGAGUGGCUGCCUCCUGGUGACGAUGGCCAUAUGAGCCUCACCAUGGCCCACUGGAAGCAUCAGAGUGCAAGGAGCAGCCUGUUGGACCACAGGGUGAGGCCAGGCCCGGAGCCCGAGAGCAACUGGCCCUGGAGCAGUACGUGCCCACUGGACUGGAGCUGGCGGCCCUGCAGCCCGAGAGCCCAUUGCCUGCCCAGAAGGGCGCCCCCGAUGGGUACUUCAGCUCAAACUAGAGUAAACAACACCUCGGAGGAGGAGGAAUAUGAUGAGGGGAUGCCCAAAGAGGAGGAGGGCAUCACCUAUUACAUCCGCUACUGCCCUGAGGACAACAGCUACCAGCAGGGCACGGACUGCAGCAGGCUACCUGGCCCACCUGGAGAUGCCACCUGGAGAUGGAUGAGUGCCAGGAAGCAGUGGAGGAGUGGACGGAGCCAGGGCCCGGCAACUCCCUGGAGGUCUGCCUGCUUGUCAAGGCUGAUCUGUGGCCCCAGCAGACACAAGAGCAGGCCCAAAUUGCUGAACCUUCCUCCUGAGGCCAAGCACUUCGCCGAUGCCCAGAGGAGCUUCAAGACCAAGACCAGGACCCCGGAGGAGAGGCCCAUGUGGCCCCAAGAGGAGUCGACCGUCCCUCCUCAGCAGAGACCAGACCUGCCCACGUCUCCCAGCCCUCUUGCAUGUUUUUGCAACACCUCAGUGGAACAAGAAAGGACCGAGCCUGCCAGAACUAAGGACACUGGGCUGCACUCUGAGAAGUUCUGGAUCUCCCCUGGACCUGACCAUCAUGUGGCCACAGAAAUUGGACAUGGAGACCUGGGUAGAGACCCGGCAUGGCCUCUGUCCUGGAAAACUCCAUGCCUGCAUCUGAAUGUCAGGGCUCAGGAGUCUGGAGCUGAGGCAUGUUGCCUGUUUUCUUCUUUACCCCCGCGAGGUUCACCCUCCCUGGGGCUCCUGGAGGUUCCUCAGGUGUCUACCUGUCGACCGCCCCUCCUCAGCAGAGACCAGACCUGCGCCUCAUCUCCUAGGCCUGCGCCUGGUGUGUGUUUUGUCAACACCUCAGUGGAACAAGAAAGGACCGAGCCUGCAAGAACCAAGCACCUGCAUCACAACCCAUCUUCGCCUUUGAAUGGGAGGACCCCAUCGGAGGCAAUAAACAGCAUUUCACUUGGACUCGCCUCCAGCAAGGAUUCAAAAGCGCACCAACCAUCUUUGGAGAAGCCUUGGCCUCAGACCUGGAACCUUUCCAGCCUGAAAGUUAAAGUUGCAGACAUUGCCCCUUGGAUCCAUCACACCAGAGCGAAGAAGGCAUACCACGCUGACCCAGAAGAUGCUGACUGGACCAUCCAGAAGGACCCCACCGGCCCACGGGAAACCAAGAUCAUUCUGAAGAGGAAGAAGAAAACGAGGUCCCAGACAAGCCCUCCAUGGGAUGGAGCUGGGUAGACUCCUGCUACUCGGCCUCACCAACACAAUUCUGAACCUGACCACUGUUCCCGCACAGGACAACGUCUUCAUCUCGUGGACACAUUCUUACAUGAACUUCCACAACUUCUCCAGUUGUUGCGUAUGUGGGGCUAUGCCCCUGUCAGUAAUGGAUGGACUCCCCUGGUGGGUAUUGCCACUUUGUUAUGGAGACUUUAUACCACUGAGCUCCUUCUUGGAACAACAGAAAGGAACUUUCCUUUCUCUCACCAAUCAUAACCUUUCUUUGCUCUCCUGGUAUAAGAAAAAGCCAUCAAUGGGCUGGGGACAUAGGGUUACAGUUAACAUGAACACUAGUCUUACAGAGGUAACAAGAGCUUAUACCUCAUAUAUGAAAAAUAAAAUGGAGAAGGGCUCUCUUACAAAAGGGGGACAGGCCUCCUGGUACCUUGAGCAAUACUACCAGUCUGGGAUGAAUAUUUCUGGAUGACUCCUGAGAAAGGACAGUUGAUUGCACCCGCUACUAUUUGCUGGGAACAAAAAGAAGACAAAGUUGGAUUUGGAGGCCGCCCCCUAGACUCAAAAGAAUUAAAAUAUAUGGGUUAUUUGUCCCCUGAACAACAUAAACAAAUCUUGGAAGUUACCUAUCACCCCAAUUGGUCUGUUCAGUGGCCUGGUUCCGACUGGAAACAUAAUCCCGAAUCUGUUGGGUAGCCCCCAACAGGACCCAGUGGCUCUGUGGGCUUAACUUAUGGCCAUGGUUACUAGUUGGCUGGGUAGGGAGUUGCACACUAGGAUUUGCUUUUGUUAAGCCUAGCCUACACCAGCCUCCAGUAAACCUGCCCUAUCUGCAUGCAAGAUGGACAUGAUCCAUGUUCCAAUAUGACUAUCUUGCUGCCUUAUUUGUACCCUCUAUAGGGACAACAGAUAUCAUGGUUAAGGUAGAGGCCUUAAUUAAUUUCACUAAACAAGCCCUCUUAGACAGUACAAAAGCCAUUCAAGCCUUGAGCGAAGAACAAAUUCAGAUGAGGAAGGCAAUAAUUCAAAAUAAGAUGGCAUUAGACAUACUCACAGCAGCCCAAGGGGGGACUUGCACCAUAAUUAAAGUCAAAUGUUGUGUAUACAUCCCUGACCUGUCUGGAAAUGUAUCUACUGCCUUGGAGGAUAUGCAAAAUCAAGUGGAAGCCAUGUCUAAUUAAAAUAUUCCCUUUUGGACUUCAGUCCUGUCCUGGGUAAAGGGAGACUGGUGGGAAACUAUUGUAACUGUUGUUAUAGUAAUCUUAAUCAUACUGCUUUGUGGGCCCUGCUUCCUACAAUGCCUUGUGAAUUUUGUAACCCAGAAGUUGAUACCAUUCUCUCAUGUGGGUGGCUGGAGGACUAAGGUACAAUAUAUCUCAACGAAUGAUGCUUGUUACAGAAACUAAGAGUAUCAAGAGCAGGGAAUGAAUAAGGAAUUCAUAGGGCCUGGACUCCAUCUGAGGCCUGUUCAUGCUGAUCAUGCUCGGCCACCUCUCCAAUGGACUCUGAACUCUGCGCUUAGUGCCCAUGGACACUAUAACAGAAGGAUAAGAAUCCCCCCUCCGGACAGGGGAACCUUGAAGAUCUAUCUAGGUUACUCAUCGCCUAAGAGGAAACAUACCCUAAUCACCCCUGCCUCCGGACAGGUCAUAAAUUUUUUCCAUAUCUAUCAGAAUGUAA